AUGGCUUCUUCCGUCGGCUGCCAGCAUUAUGUACGCAGUUGCCUCUUGAAAGCUCCAUGCUGUGGGAAACUGUACGUGUGUCGGCUCUGCCACGAUGCAGAGGAGAACCACCAGAUGGACCGCUUCAAAGUCCAGGAGGUUCUGUGCUCCGAGUGUGAAACCCUGCAGAAGGCUCAGAAGAACUGUCAGCAGUGUCAUGUGCAGUUUGGGGAGUAUUACUGCGAUAUCUGUCACCUGUUUGACAAGGAUAAGAAGCAGUACCACUGUCAGCCUUGUGGGAUAUGCAGGAUCGGGCCCAGAGAGAAAUACUUUCACUGUCAGAAGUGCAAUUUGUGCUUAGCCCAGGACCUGAGAGGAAACCACAAGUGUGUCGAGAACGUAUCAAGGCAGAACUGCCCAGUGUGCAUGGAGGAUAUUCACACAUCCCGGAUUGGCGCUCACGUUCUUCCUUGCGGCCAUCUUUUACACAAGACCUGCUUUGAUGACAUGGUCAGAACAGGCGCGUACCGCUGCCCUCUCUGCAUGCAUUCUGCCUGGAACAUGGACGAACACUGGGAAAUGAUGGACAAAGAGAUCGCUCAGUCACCAAUGCCCGCUGAGUACCAGGGUGCCACUGUCAAAGUCAUUUGUAACGACUGCCAGUCCCACUGCACCGUGCCUUUCCACGUGUUGGGGAUGAAAUGCGCUGAAUGUGGCUCCUACAACACCGCGCAGGACGGAGGACUCAUGCAGCAGCAGCGGCCGCCGCAGCCCUCGGACCUGCACACGGAGAACGAGCCGGAGCCGCAGGACCAACCCGAAUCCCAGACGCCACAUUAAAAGCCAGGAGGCAGUGACUUUCCCACAUUUGACAUUUGAUGGAUGAACUUCAACAUAUUAAUAUAAAAACAAGUGAACCCAUUAAUUUCACUCAACAUGAAAGAUCAAGGAGGAAUUGUUGACUCUCUUAUUAACACCGACAGACGGUUUGCAGACCUGAAUGCUUUUAAGCUGUAAUAAACUGGGGCUUAAUACAGCUGCCUGAAAACAGCUGACUUUGUGCCAUAUGCCCUGGUUAAAAAAAAAAAACUAAACAGACCUGUAAUUUGUAUAAUGCAUGUCAUGUGAAAUUUUACAGAAGAUCUUGAGUUUUGGAAAAUGCCUAAUAAAAACAGAAAUAGGUAUACAGCAUGUUGUUGCUUUAUCAUAACGGCUUGUUAAAAGAAAUAUUUGCUGUUUUCAUCUUUUUCUUCUUGCAGGCAUUAUUUAAAUGCUUGGCUUAAAGCUUUGUUAAUUCUGCCUAAAUCCAUUUUUACGAAGAUAAAACUCCCAUCUUUAAAAAAAAAAAACGUAAUCUCGACUAGUAGCUUCAUCUUUCUUUUAUUAUUGUUUUUAAGUGGGUUGUAUGAAGUACACAUGAGAAGUCAUUAUCUUACCAGUAAACAGUCAUCAGGUCACUUUGUUCACCAAAACACUCUCGUGGGAAUCUCAGUCGGUGUGUGACUCUCAUAGUACGACGACCUUGAAUAAAAUUGUUACACUUUUUGUUUAUUGACACAGAAAUGUGUGACAUUGCAAAACAGCUUUUAUUCACAGGAAAGAAAGACAAAAAGAUGUAGGAGCCGUUUUGCGGCCGGCUGAUCAGCAGUGUGCAGCAACAUAUGAGGGAGGGGCUCUAUGCUCCAGACAGGUGGAGAAAACAUUUGCUACUACAAAACAAUAUUUGGCAUUAAAUGGUUUUUAAAUCCCAAGCAUAAAGUGAAAAAUUGAUGCAAUUUAAACCAGAACAAUGUUAAAACCUGAGUUCUGAAAGCAACCCUAACUAAAUGCCUCAUGCUGUGAAUAAUUAUAUGCACUUGAGCUGCUAGAAAUAUUUAACAAAUUAGCCCGGAGUCUCAUUUCCACAGGUUGAACGCCCCCCACAAAAAAUCACAGUCUGAAGGAGUAUUUGGGAAAGAAGGAUGGUGACUCCAUGACCACCAACCGUUCAGCAGUAGCACGUUUUAGUAGCUAUCGCGUCUACAUGUAAUUAAGUAAGAAACUAUUGACACAAAGUGUAAAAAAUAAUUCAGUUUUUCUUCAUGUUUCCAGAAACAUUUGAGAAUUCCUUGGCUUUCCAGUGAGAACUCGUUUUCAGAAAUCGAUCUCACUGUUGACAAAGAUUCAGACUUCUCAUAAAUGUUCAACACAACCCCGCUUAAAUCAUCUAAACCUGUGUUUGGCUUCAAGGUUAUUCACUCUUAAACUAAAACUUCCAACAGCUAUAUUUGCAUGUGACAAACCUGGUGCUGAUGGGUCGUAGUUAGACCUGUAUUCUUGUUCCCAGUCUGCGGAACAUUGUGACAAAAGUCCCAGCUGUCAUGUAUCCAGAUGUUGAGUAUUUAUUGCUUAAUAUUUAGUCAAGAUAGUCGGUGGACGUGGCUGCUGUGAAAAAUUUCCCCGUAUAUGAGGACAUGCUUAACAUUUGUAACAACUCGCAGUUAUUAAGUGUAAGGAAAUCUGACCAUUAAGUACUACUGUGUUGUACUAUUGUAUUAAUUGAAACAUGUAAGUACAAGACGUAUUUUUUUUUACUCUAUAAAACAUUUGCGGUGUCUUCGUAUUGAUCUGACUAAUAAAGCGGUUCAGUUAUGCUAUAGAUACUGUAA